AUGUACAGCCUCCUGCCCUUCGCAGCCGGACUCGACACAACUACAUCAUGGAGCUUGCUAUGUUUGCUCGGUGUGCUGGCAGCUAUUGCUGUGAAGCACCACUACACCCUCCCUCCUGUCCUCCUAGAAGCGAAGGUACAACAGGUACCUGUAGCAAGCCCUGUUCCAACAGUACAAGAGGUCCAGGAGGCUCCUCCACCGAAGCGUCUUGUUGUAUGCGUUGAUGGAACAUGGGGUUGUCCGGACGGUACCGCUGGCAGCCCAGAGGGAAACAUCAGCACUGUGUAUCGGGUUUACGCAUCCGUGAAAGAAGGAUAUGUCACGGACAAGGCGACUGGAAAACGAUGGGAUCAGCAACGCGUGUACUUCAAUGGUCUUGGCAACAAGCUCAACGCCCUUAAGAACCUUCACUCCGGUGCGUUCGGAUCUGGGCUUCCUGACGAGAUCCGCAAAGUGUAUGAGUAUUGCUGUCGCGAAACAGAUGGACCAGAUGAUGAGAUCUACUUCUUCGGAUUCAGCCGUGGUGCCUUCACAGUCCGCGCUGUUGCAAAUCUCCUCUGCUACAUGCAUGUACCCAAGGGCUCGCAAAAGUUCUCUAAAGAAGAGUUCACGGAGCGCUACAAAGAACUACUAGAACUUUACCCAGGUGUUAGAGCAUCCGACAGGAACAUCUGGGGACAAAUCCAUUCUCACUUCAAUCGCAGCACGAGACCUCCAACGAUACGGUUCAUCGGAGCCUUCGACACCGUCAAGAAGUUCACAGAUAAUGGCUUGUACGAUGUCAUGCCUCACUCCCAGAUCCACCAUUAUCGCCAUGCAUUGGCGCUCAACGAGGAGAGAGACGAGUUCAAGCCAGAGACGAUGAUGCCCGACAACGACGCAUGUUCGCCAGGGCGCAGUGGCCUACAAGCCUGGUUCAUUGGUACACACCGAGAUUUGGGCGGGGCGAACUCCAAAGAUGGACUGUCGCUAUACCCUCUGCAAUGGGUUCUUUCUGAAGCCAAUGCUCUCGGAUUGGUACUCGAGUUUAGCCCCAUCAAACUGGAUUCCUGUAAUGAAGAUGGUCCCGGAGAAUUUGACGACGAUCCGCUAAAUUUGAUCAUGCCGCUGCAAUCGAAGCGUCAGGAAACACCGAGCAAACAGUCGGAGAUGUCACUCAGCCUUGAGAAUCGCAUCCGAGUUCGCAUUUGGGAUCUUUGCGACGUACACGAAAUUCGUCAAGAUGAUUUCAAAGUAAAACUGAAUAGCACUUAUUGGGGUCCUACGCACAGGCUCGUUUUGACGAUCAAACCUCGUCAGGUGUUCGACGGAGACACAUUGAUAGGCUACCGUCCCGAUUGUAUGUAUGUCUCUGUGCUUAUGAGUUUCACAGCUGAUUCAUCUGUAGCUCCCACUGGAACCUUCAUUCAUCCAUCUGUAUAUCAGGUACUUGAUGAGAAUCCAGGUAUCCGCGACGUGUCUGGUGGAUGGCCAUUCACCAAAGCACUUGCCCUGUUCCGUCAUCGAGUCAUUCCGGACGAACGCGAGAUUUUUUGGGUACAUCCAUCUCCCGCCAUGAAGAGAAAGCUGGAGAAAAUCCGUAUCCUGAUCUGUGGUGACGCCGGGGUAGGGAAGUCCACACUAAUCAAUCAAGUUCUCAAAGGAAACUAUAAAGAGAUUACUGGUCCAGAUCUACCAUAUAUCGUUCAUGACUCCGAGGGUUUUCAAUCUGGCGCGUCCAACAAGGAAGCCAGCGCUGUACGAGACUUUUUGAGGAUUCGAUCCAGAGAGCCCACCCUUCCGAUGAGAGUCCACACUAUCUGGUAG